GUCAAGAUUUCUACCCCAUCUAACAUACGCACAGUCACUUGCGGAAUAGAGGGAUCAGGCGGCUGCGGGGGUUGUUGGCUGGUGGUCAAAAAAAUCCAAAGGUAGGCGAGUUGAGAGAGGAGGGAGACAACGGUAAAUCACAAUUAACACAUUAAUCAAAUCGCCAAGAGGCCAAUUAAGCAGAGACAUCGAGACGGCAGCUGCCAGUAAAGCGGACUGAGGAGCCAGGGAAGGAGUGACGAAAAAUCCUCUCUCCCGACCUUUGCCCCUCCCCAAAGGAUCACCAGCCCUUGCUCUUCCACCUUCAUCCAACUUCGUGAUCCAAUCGAUCUUCAAGCAGUAUAUAUAAAAAAAGGAAGGAUCCGGGACAGGGAACCCAUUUCUCCUCUAAGCUCGCUUUCCCUCGGAAGAAUUCGAUCGCCGGCGUCAUGGCUCACUGUGCGGCGGCUUCUCAGAUUGCCUUGGCUGUUCCAGUUGGGAGCGAUUCUACGCUCAGGAAAUCGGUGCUCAAGACAAGCAGCAUCAGCUUCAGUGACAGAUCAUGGGCUCCUGCUCUGUCACUGGAUUUGAAAUCGAAGACAAAUGGUCGAUUGCAAAGUCAAAAUGUUGUGUGUAUGUCAGUGCAACAGGCUAACAAAUCUAAGGUUGAGGUUGCACCUGUGGAACUCGAGGAUGCUAAAGAUCCCCCUCUGAAUCUGUACAAGCCUAAGGAGCCUUACACGGCCACCAUUGUGUCGGUUGAGAGGAUUGUCGGCCCCAAAGCUCCCGGAGAGACCUGCCAUAUUGUCAUUGAUCAUGGUGGCAAUGUUCCAUACUGGGAGGGACAAAGUUAUGGUGUAAUACCACCUGGUGAAAAUCCUAAGAAGCCUGGUGCUCCCCACAAUGUCCGACUAUAUUCAAUUGCAUCAACUAGGUAUGGAGACAAUUUUGAUGGCAGGACGGGCAGCUUAUGUGUUCGUCGUGCUGUCUAUUAUGAUCCCGAGACUGGGAAGGAGGAUCCUUCAAAAGCUGGUGUUUGCAGCAACUUUCUUUGCGACUCGAAGCCUGGGGAUAAAAUUCGAAUAACUGGACCUGCUGGGAAGAUAAUGCUUUUGCCCGAGGAUGACCCAAAAGCCACCCACAUUAUGAUUGCUACAGGCACUGGAGUGGCUCCAUACAGGGGCUACCUCCGGAGGAUGUUCAUGGAGUCUGUCCCGAAGAAGUUUGAAGGCCUUGCAUGGCUUUUCCUUGGGGUUGCCAACACCGACAGCCUGCUGUACGACGAGGAAUUCACCAAGUACCUCCAGGAGUACCCUGAUCACUUCCGGUACGACAAGGCCCUCAGCAGGGAGCAGAAGAACAAGAACGGAGGGAAGAUGUAUGUUCAGGACAAGAUCGAGGAAUACAGUGAUGAAAUAUUCAAGCUGCUGGACAAUGGCGCCCACAUCUAUUUCUGUGGGCUGAAAGGGAUGAUGCCUGGAAUCCAAGACACCCUGAAGAGGGUAGCAGAGGAAAGAGGAGAAAGCUGGGAGGCAAAGCUGUCGCAGCUGAAAAAGAACAAGCAAUGGCAUGUGGAGGUCUACUGAUUGUUUUGUGUUAUGAACUGUACUAGGGAAUUUGUUGGCCGGAUUCAUUGUUGAACCUGAUUAUUGUUAGCUGCUUUCUGGUGGAUCUUUCUUCUGUUUUGUUUGUGUAAUAAGUUAAUCAACUAAGAGUUGAGACUUUCCCCCACUUAUCUUUGUUUGCUUAGAUCUCCCCAAUCUGGGGUUGAGCUAUAGUUGAUUAAGACAUGUCGGAGGUAUUCCCACUAGGCACUGCACUGGGAAGCUGCCAGCCACCAGUAUUUCAUAGGUAGAAUGGAAGUGGUUAAAAUACUAAUAAGUCUUGGCUUUGGGAG